AUCUUCUCACCUAACCGCAACAAUGUCUCUUACAACUUUCAAAUUUCUCACUAACAUCUGACACAUAUUCUUCAACUCCUCCUGAAUCCCCAAAUCCCUAAAUCCUAAUUCUUAAUUCCUGAUUCCUAAAUCCUAAAUCUGAUACUGUAAUAAAUUUAAUUCUCAAUUCUAUGAAUUUAUUGAGGAUUUCAAAUUCACGAAUUCCAAUUUCGAAUUGCAAUUUUCAAAAGUUUCUCUCAUUUUUAUUGUAACGGAAACUGGAAUAUUUCGCACAAUUUAACCACUCACAAAUCAACCCCUAAUUUCUCUGUUUCCAUUAUUAGCCGUGAUUUCAAUUUUUUGACGUAAUCAACAAAUUUCGUAGUUUCAGCAAUUGAUUUUUUUAUUCUACAUUGUGAUUUGCGAAUUAGGGUUUUUCUUGAUGCUUCGAUUUAGAGAAGAAGGUCGAUAAUGGUAGUAGCAACAUCCACAACACCUAAUAAUCUUAAGAAUUUAAGGUCUCAAUCAAAUCCUAAAAGACCUCCAUUGUUGCCUUCUGAGGGAGAUAUUAGCAACAAGAACAAGAGCAAUGAUGGCAGCAUUACAGGUUUUGAUCGGCGUCCCAAAUCUCGGGAAGUUUCUUCUCGUUAUUUGUCAAUAUCUUCUUCGUCUUCAACAUCUGGUUCAUCUUCUUCAACUUUCUCCAAUUCUUCCUACUUUUCCCCUUCUUCUCGCCGCCGAUGUCCUUCUCCCCUCCCUUCCAGGAUCAAUACAACAGCUCCUGCCACUCCGGCGACGAAUCCUUCGCGGUUGCAGUCAGAUGCCGCCAAAUUACUCAUAUCUUCGUCUAAAAGCAUGUCAGUUUCCUUCCAAGGUACGGCCAAGAAAUCUACGAAACCAUUGCCUUCUCCUGUUGCAAGUGUAAGAAGGGCAGCUACUCCUACUCCUGAUAGGAAGCAGAAUUUGCUGAGGCCGAGUGGCGGAAAUGCUAGAUUGGUUGAGCAGCAGCAGCAGCAGCAGCAUCUUCAUCCAUGGCCAGGUAGGUCUCGACCCCCUGUAAGUUCUUUGACUAGAAGUGUGGAUUUGGGGGGUUUGGAGGGGAAGAAAUUAAUUAAUGGAUCUACAACGAAAGUAGUUAGGGAUUUACGAGAAUCUUUGAUUGGGAAUUGUAAAUUGAAUACAAGUAUGUGCAAAGAUGAUAAAGUAAAGGUUAUUGGGGAUGAUAAUGCCAGCUGCUUUAAUGGUGGGUCUAGUUUGGGUUCUGAAUCAGCUGUUUCUGAUAGGGAAAGUGUGUCGUCUGAGUGUAACUCUGGUUCUCAAGAUAGUAAUAGUAAUGCCAGUGUUCGUCGUAGUAAAGGUGGAGCUCGGAAUAUUGUGGUUACUGCUAAACUUUGGCAUGAGGCCAAUAGUUCUCGGUCAAAACGUGUACCUGACCCGGGUUCUCCUGUUGCUAGAAGCAAUUUGUUGAAAGGAUCAGUUCCUCCUAAACUCAUCCCAUCGAAGGCGUUAGUGACUGGUAGUCCAGGGGCAUCUCCGAGAAGAGCUGUGAGUAAUAGAGGUUUUUCAUCUUCUCUUCCUGGGUCUUUGAGGCCUUCCUCUCCAGGCCAUAUAAGGACAUCUUUGCACUCUACAUCCAAGGGUUCAUUGGGUACAUCGUUGCAGCCUGCCUCACCAGCAAAGCUAGUGUCAUCGUUGCCGCCUGCAUCACCUGCUAAAUCGGGGGCAUCUUUGCGUCCUGCAUCACCUUCUAAAUUGGGGGCAUCUUUGCGGCCUGCGUCUUCUUCUAACUCGGGGGCAUUUUUGCGGCCUGCGUCACCUGCGGAAUCGGGGGCAUCUUUGCGGCCUGCUUCACCUGCUAAAUCGGGGGCAUCUUUGCGGCCUGCUUCACCUGCUAAAUCGGGGGCAUCUUUGCGGCCUGCUUCACCUGCUAAAUCGGGGGCAUCUUUGCGGCCUGCUUCACCUGCUAAAUCGGGGACAUCUUUGCGGCCUGCUUCACCUGCUAAACCUGGGGCAUCUUUGCGGCCAGCUUCACCUGCCAAACUGGGGGCAUCUUUGCGGCCUGCUUCACCUGCUAUAUCUGGGGCAUCUUUGCGGUGUGCAUCGCCAGGGAAAUUAGGAACAUCAUUCCGGCCUGCAUCACCAGGGAAACCAGGAGCAUCAUUGCAGCCUGCAGCACCAGGGAAACCAGGAGCAUCAUUACGGCCUUCAACUCCAGGAAAACCAGGAGCUUCAUUGCGGUCAGCAUCACCAAGUAAGGUGGGAUCGUCUUUGCGGCCUGCUUCGCCAAGUAAGGUAGGGUCAUCCUUACGGCCACAAUCACCUGGUAUACUAGGAACUUCAUUGAGGCCCGCAUCACCAAAUAAACUUGGAACUUCUCUGGCAUCAGAAAACAUUUCCUGUAGUGGGAUGGGACGAAUGGCUAGUCCUUCCAGGGUGCGACAAGCUAUUGCAGCCUCAUCUGCUAAUGCUAUGAACAGCAUGCCAUCAGUUCUUUGCUUUGGGGCAGAUGUUAGAAGAGUGCGAGUGAGUGAUAGCCGUCUUGGUGAUGCACAUUUACUGCGUAUCUUGCAUAAUAGGCAGUUACAGUGGCGGUUUGUCAAUGCUAGAGUAGAGUCUUCCUUUUCCAUUCAGAAAUUCAAUGCAGAGAGGAGUCUUUACAAUGCAUGGAAAGCAACUUCAGAUUUGCGUGACACAGUCUCUUCUAAAAGGAAGGAGCUGCAGUGGUUGAAGCAGAAUAUGAAGCUUGUGUCUAUUUUGAAGGGGGAAAUGUUAUACUUGGAAGAAUGGGCACUUAUGGUCACAGAACAUUGUAGUUCAUUAUAUGGUGCCAUUGAGUCGUUCAAGGCCAGUACAAUUUGCCUGCCGCUUAUUGGUGGGGCAAAGGCUGAUAUUCACGAUGUAAAAGACGCUAUAUGCUCUGCUGCAGAUGUAAUGCAUGCUAUGGCUUCUUCAAUAUGUUGUCUAUUGGAGAAAGUUGAGGAAGUAAACUCUUUGGCUACAGAGGUUGCUAGUGUUACCUUAAAGGAGCAAGCUUUCCUCAAUGAAUGCAAAGACAUCCUGUCAAUGUUGGUAGCCAUGCAGGUCAAAGAUUGUAGCCUCAGAGCACAUAUGUUACAGCUAAAAGGUGCACCGUCAAUCCUGGCUAUUGAAGUGUAAAAGUUGCGCUCGACCUGACUUGAAUCUAACUUAACACUUUUAACCACCCAAUUCGCUACAUUUUUACCUGAAGCUAUCUAUUUGAAGGCGUGCUUGAGUGUGCUAAUCUUUUGGGACUUUGUCGAGAAGUAUCUGAUCAUUUCGUGGAAUCCAUUACGACUUUGACUGCUUUUUAUUGCCAGCCUGUGCUGGUUGUCUAGGCGUAGCGUGUCUCUUAGUAUACAGGUUUUUCUUUACACUAGAUGAGAAAUGUGCAAAAUGUACAUAUUGUAAUGUCUAAUUACAGCGGCUCUUGUCAAUAGUUUAGGUACAGUUUUUUGGGUUGUAAUAGCUACGAAUAGUAAUCUCUAAAAUCGGCAUGAGUGAUGUCAAAAUGCAAACUUCCGCUCAAAUGUAUUUUAAUGGUAGAAUGUGAUGCGCAACCUCACAUAAAAAAGACUCGCAUUGGGACUGGCAGGAUUUGUGCCCAGUCUGAUUUUUCGAGCCUGAUCUGUUCGGAUGUAAUAUCGAUUACGGACUACUGGAAAUCAUUUUGGAAGUUGCUGCCAGAGAGUAUGCCUGGAAUAAAAAGAAUGAAAGGUUGCUUCAUAAACACACAAAUCCCUUGUGCACACAAAGUUGUUAUUGAGCACAAAAGUCGCCAUCGAUUCUCACUUUUUCUAGGCAAGCUUCCUAACCUGACCAAGACGUCCUUUAAUGAGUUGAUGAAGGAGGACUGUAACAGACUUGAAAUUCCUAAUUUUAAUCAUUUUCAACUAAUUUUUAAUUCCUUCAAUUUAAUUCCUAAUUCUCGAUUUUUAAUCUCCAACUUCAUCUAAUUUAUAAAUCUUAUAUUCCAACUAACUAUAUAUUUAUUGAUUCAAUUUCUGAUUUAAUUUCCAAUUCGAUUUUCAAGUUAUUUAAUUUUUUAAUUUUCUUUCAAUUCCUAAUACUUGCUCGAUUUCUUAAAC